AUGAGGGACUUUCCUUCUUGUUUUGGUGAAAAUGGCAUUCAAGUGGCCGGAUCUUCUUCUUCAUCAGGUGAUAUCACCACAACUACUUCCACUAACAGAAUUGCCCAAAAUCUCGUGACUUGUGUUUACCAGUGUCGAAUGCGUAAUUUCUCUUACUUCAUCAUAACUCUCACUUGGACUAAAACCUUAAUGGGUCAAAGUCUUUCUGUUGAAAUCAACGAUUCAAACAACCAAUGUCUAUGCAAACUCGACAUUAAGCCAUGGUUGUUCUCUAAAAGAAGAGGGUACAGGAAUCUAGAAGUGGGUUCAAAGUUGAUUGCUAUUUACUGGGAUUUAUCAUACGCAAAAUUCGAUUCUUCACCUGAGCCAAUCGAAGGUUUCUAUUUUGCUAUUUCCAUGAACCAAGAACUAAUACUGGUUUUAGGAGAUAUGGAAAAGGAAGUGCACAAAAAGAUAGAUGCAACAAGUUUGGUUCCAAAUGCUGUUUUUGUUUCAAAAAGAGCACAUAUUUUUGGGAAGAAGGCGUAUUCAACUAGAGCACAAUUUUGUGGAAAAGGUCAGAUUCAUGAUAUAACAAUUGAAUGUGAUACAAUGUGUAUGAAUGAUUCGUAUUUGUUGAUACGAAUAGAUGGUAACCCUGUAAUGCAAGUGAAGUGCUUAAAAUGGAAAUUUAGAGGAAAUUAUACUAUUUUAGUUGAUGGGUUGCCAGUGGAAGUUUAUUGGGAUGUUCAUAGUUGGCUAUUUGAGAAAUUUAUGGGCAAUGCGGUCUUUUUGUUUCAGACUUGUCUUUCUGCUGAGAAAUUGUGGGGGAGUGAGGAUCCUUCUUGGUCAACUAUGAGUAAGGAUCGACAUUCACAAACUUUGGGCUUUUCUUUGGUGUUGUGUGCAUGGAAGAAUGAGUAG